AUGGGAAGGAUUUGUCAAAGUGAUGAAACAAACAAGCUAAUUAAAUGUGAUGGCGAAUUUUGCGGUGGUUUCAAGAGCAAAAGACGUGAUGGAUUACUACUGGAAGCAGUUGAUGUAGCGUGUUCACCUCAAAGUGAAGUGUAUGCACCAUUUGAUGGUGAUCUUUAUUUCUGGAAACCAUUUGGUAAUCAUGUGAAUUAUGAAUGCGCUGAUGAGGGCGUACGAAUUGAGGGAUCAGGUCAAUGGCAAGGCUAUCAUGUACUGAUCGCAUCGAUAUCAUUGGACUUUUUCGGUGGACGCGUAAAAAAGGGUGAACGAAUUGGUACUGCAAAAGAUCAUCGUUGUAUUUAUGCGGAUGACGAUGGUGAUCCAUAUGUUCGGUUACAGUUAUUCAAACAAGGACGAUCUAUCGAUCCAACAUUUCAUCUUUGGAAUUGCAUGUGUACUGGUCAAAUUUGUGAAUCAAAUCUUAAAAAUGAAUUGCUCGGGCAACCAUUCAAGUAUGAUGGUCGAUAUAAUGCAGUACGUGGCUGGGAUAUCAAAUGCCCGAAAAUACAGGAUGAUGAUGAGGAGGAAAUGCGUGUUCCGGAUAUUUACUCACCAAUUGAUGCGAAAGUUGUCGGACGAACUCGCAUAUAUGCCAUUCAGGGUGUUUAUACCGGUUGUGAUAAUAAUGGUGUAGUACUUAUCGGUACUGGUGAUUGGACUGAUUAUGAAGUUGUGCUAUACAAUGUGCGUUAUCGAGAUCAAUUAUUGGGAUCACAACAUGUUGCGCAGGGUGAACCAAUUGCAACCCGACUUGAUUGCGAAGAUUCACCGGAUUCAGUAUUUAUGGAAGUUCGCUAUCGUGGUGUUGUUGUGGAUAUAAGCGAAAUGAUCUCAGCGAAACGAUGUCGUAUGCCCGAUUUUCCACCCAAAUAG